GCCAACACAACAGUGCUUGAUUGUGUCUUAUCUCGACUACCGCGGCUCCUCCACCGCCAUUCGUAUCCCCCGUGAACCAGAAUUCGCCUCCCGCUGAACCUGGACUCGACCGAGCUUGCCAGCCAUGUUGAUGGAUUGCUAAAGCGAUCUUCUCUGAACUUACUUGAAUUGCCCACCCUGCCGGCCAACCGCCGAGGUGCACUCCCUCCAUACGCAGCGAGCUGGUAGAUUUGCCUCAAACCUCCAAAGCUAUACCUCCAUACCCCUAGCUCUGCCUCCGGGCAGCGAACAUAGUCAUGCCGGUUCUUCGACCAGGUAAAUUGAAGACGAUAAUCUCGGCCACGGGUGCGCUGCUACUCAUUUGCACCGUGUAUAUCUAUUGGGCCCCGCCUCCAGCCUCAGUAGUCCCUAGCACCGCCUUCGAGGUCCCUCUCGCCGAACGUCAAAAUGCCUUUUGGAAGGUCUUGAACCCGAUAUUGCAAGGACAUGCCCCAAAUACUCCUACGCCAAAGCGCCUGGCGGACGUAAGCGCAGUUCACUUCAAUGCUACGACGACCGAUUCGCGACCUGAUCUGACCAUAAUCGAGGAUGGCGACUUACAAGCGAUGGAAGAGGCUCAUGCGGGAUAUCUUGAGGAGUGUCGUAAGUCUGAACGGCUGCGGCCAGUACAUACUCCGGGCACGCGUGGCAUAGUGUCCACAGCGGGGGCUUCCUAUUUUCCAGUUUUCUUGUCCUCUCUACGAAUGCUUCGACGACUGGGGUCAACGCUGCCGGUGGAGGUGUAUAUGAAGGAUAAAAGUGAAUAUGAAAAACAAUUAUGCGAUGAGAUCCUACCGGAUCUGGGUGCGCGCUGUCUUGUUCUCUCGGAUAUCGUUGGCAAGGGCGCCAUUGAACAUUACCAGCUCAAAAUCUUCGCAGUUCUAUUCUCCUCGUUUGAAGAGGUUAUUUGGAUGGACGCAGACUGCUUUCCGCUCCACAAGCCUGAAGUUUUGCUUGAGUCGGAACCAUUCAGCUCCAAGGGGUUGGUCACCUGGCCGGACUUUUGGAUCUCCUCGGCGUCUCCGCUGUACUUCAAAAUCUCGCGGCAGGAAAUGCCAGCGCUGUCGGAGCGCGCGUCAUCGGAAGCAGGCGUCUUUCUGGUAUCGAAGAAGACACAUCAGUUGACCUUGCUCCUUGCUGCUUACUACAACUACUACGGUCCGUCACAUUAUUUCCGGCUAUUAUCGCAAGGUGCACCCGGCGAAGGCGAUAAGGAGACCUUCCUUCAUGCUGCCACCGCCGUCGGAGAGCCUUUCUACGCUGUGAGCGAGCGGGUUCAGGCAGUCGGUCACACGAAGCCGGGCGGUAUUGCGGGCUCUGCGAUGGUGCAGACUGACCCGGCCGAGGAUUAUGCGUUGACCAGUGCGAAUAAAUGGCGCGUGAAAGAUGAGUCUGUGGCGAAAGCCCCCCAUGCUUUCUUCAUCCACGCCAACUACCCCAAGUUCAAUCCUGGUGAAAAGGUAUUCGGCAUGAAAUGGGAGACCACGCCAACGCUCCGCCCCGAUGGCACAGAUGGACGGGCGUGGCUGGCGGCAGAGUCUACUGUCCAGCGGUUUGGAUACGACGUCGAGAAAGCGUAUUGGGAGGAGAUCAAAAACAUCAGUUGCGACCCCGCCAUCAGCUUCCGGACAUGGGAGAGGAAGGAUGAGAUCUGUGACCGGGUAGAGAGCUACUGGGCGAAUGUGUUCGCCGAGCCGCAUGAUGACGACCCCAAAUUCACUGACGAAAGCUGAAUUGGCCGCAUUAUACUGCGAUGCUGAGCCUUGAGACAUCACUGGGUAACCAGUUACGCCAUGCUGUUUAUGAUCGACACGGUUGCUUAUCAGCAGUAUUGUAUAUAUUCUUCUGUUCUUUUUCUGGUUACAUAUUCAUACCAUUAGGUGUAUAAUAUCGGUUGAUGCCAUACUAAUUUGGCAACCCAACUCUCCGUUUGUUGAUACCCUGGCGCUCCGCAAGUAUCGAAGUAUAUUCCAGUCUUUGUGACAACAUUCAACAUACAUAUCAUUACAUACUAUAUCCUCUAACAAAUCUACGUG